AUGUCGCAUCCACCGCAGACGCUCGUCAAGGUCCCAGCGUCAGCAGCUACGUAUACGCCCGCAACAAUGGAUCCAGAUCUUCGAUCCCAGAUCAACAUGCUCCUAUUACGGGAAGGAUAUGUCACAAAAAUCCAAGAACACCUCCUCCACUCCCUCAACUCCCACCCCUCCAACUGGCCCUCCGCCGUGCAGUCCCACGCCCUCUCCCUCCUGCGCAGCGGCGACGUCGCCACCUUCCCAGCCCUCGUGCGCCGCGUCCUCGAGGACGUGCGGCAAGAGACGACCUCGGCCCUGAACGGCUCCUCCUCCUCCUCCGACAGCGCAAAUGGCAGCAACAGCAGCAGCGGGGGCGACGCCGUGAACGGUGGCAGCGCGAACGGCAGCAAAUCAGGCAGCGUCAACGGCACGGGCGCGGGCGGCAGCAGCGGUUCGGACGGCAACCUAGCGAUCCCGCAGGCAGUCGUGGACGCCGUGUUAAAGGUGAAGAACGCGGACGCGUUGGCCGAUGACGACACUGCUGACUCCGAGACCGCUGAUGACGACAACGACAACGACGUCGACUAG